CUGAUCCACUGUCCUUGCCGCUCUAUAAAAGGAAUGCCCUGCAGAUCUCAACAAGCAUAGUGACAACAUAGCAUGUGUGAUACGGCUGGUUUGAAGAUGAACACCUUCUCUGUGAUCCCGUCAAUGGUGCAGCUGCAGCUCUGCGUCAGCCACCUGCUCUACAUUUUUGCGAGCGUCUUUUCUACAGUUUUUAACUGGACAAGCGGAGUCUUCAUGCCGUCUACAUCGUCUGUCUCACAAGUUGACAUAAAAGUGGACCAAAGCAUUGUCAAAAAUGAGACGAGUCCAACAAGUGUCAAUUAUCAUUUUACACGCAAAUGUAACUACAAAUGUGGAUUUUGUUUCCACACUGCAAAAACAUCCUUCGUCCUGCCUCUGGAUGAAGCUAAAAGAGGACUGAAUCUCCUAAAGCAAUCAGGCAUGGAAAAGAUCAACUUCUCUGGAGGAGAGCCUUUCCUGCAUGAUAAAGGAGAUUUCCUGGGGAAAUUAGUUCAGUACUGCAAACAGGACCUCCAGCUCCCGAGUGUCAGCAUCGUCAGCAAUGGAAGCAUGAUCAAAGAAAAAUGGUUCCAGAAAUAUGGUGAAGAUCUGGACAUCCUGGCCAUCUCCUGUGACAGCUUUGAUGAAGCAACAAACCAGCUUAUUGGCAGAACUCAAGGCAGGAAAAGCCACAUUGACAACCUUCACAAGAUUCGCAACUGGUGCCAGCAGUACAAAGUGGCUUUCAAAAUCAACUCCGUCAUCAACACCUUCAACAUAGACGAAGACAUGACGGAUAACAUCCUCCAGCUUAACCCAGUUCGCUGGAAGGUGUUCCAGUGUCUGCUGAUUGAUGGGGAAAAUGCAGGAGAGGAUGCCCUGAGAGAGGCAGAGAGGUUUGUCAUCAGCGAUCAGAUGUUCCAGGAGUUUCUGGAUCGACACAGCAGCGUCCCCUGCCUUGUUCCUGAGUCCAAUGAGAAGAUGAGGAAUUCCUACUUGAUCCUUGAUGAAUAUAUGCGUUUCCUGGACUGUCGAGAGGGGAGGAAGGACCCGUCCAUGUCCAUCCUGGAUGUGGGUGUGAAGGAGGCCAUUUGUUUUAGUGGGUUUGAUGAAAAGAUGUUUCGAGAGAGAGGAGGGAAAUAUGUGUGGAGCAAAGCCGACAUGAAGCUAGAGUGGUGAAAACACUGCAACUCGAUUUACCUUUGAUGAGGGGUUGUACAGACAAUGUUUAUAGUGGAGUGUGAGUGUUUUUAUUUUUAUUUCUAUGACUUUCUAACCUCUUGAAGUAUAUUUUGUAGUGAUGUUUGUGAAGAUGAUGAAGAAGUCUCCGGAGACACCAGCUUGUAUAUAAUAAGGUUUAUUACAACAGCAUAGUAUCAUACACCAACACGGGCGAUGCGGGGUUCCCAGAGCCAAUUGUGAAAGUCCCCCCGAACUCUCUCUGUGCGUGCCAUUUAUAGAAGAAAAUAUGUGUACAUCCAAAGUGUGUGUGUGCUCACCUGAGGUACUCAUUAACAAUGUGUGCCCCCCUAAGGGGACAUGUUUGUUUUUUCCCCACAUUCCUCUUACCCAACCUUUGUCCUCAGAGAGUAUCUACCUUUGUAUAUCACCCCAGAUUUAAUACACCACACUCUCAAGUGUUAAAUUAAAUAUAAGUUCAUCUGAUUUUUAUAGCACAGGUUUUAAUGUAUACUUUGUAUAUCAUUUUGCGCUGCAGACAAUUUUGUUGGCAAAAAUUACGAAAUAAAAAAAGAUUUUUAAGUG